UUGCAGCAUGAGUGGCAAACGACAAGCUGGAGUAGCAGGAGAGACACAAGGCAAGAGGGGAAAAUGUGAGCUAACAGCCGAGUUGUGCGUGUCUUUUAAGGACCGAGCCGUAAGAGAGGCAGCGAGGCAGGGAUGGGAAAGAAGGGAGUCAGGGAAGUUCGGCUCUCUUGUUCUGGAUUGUACCCCAUUCCCACAUGGUGUCAUUCGACCCUUCUUGAAGAACUCUGAGUUCCUGGAGGAGCUGAAAAAGGAGCUGCUCAGACUGAACUUCCACCCCAAAUCUAAUGAUUUGUACAAGUUCCAACAGUCAGAGGAUCUAAAGAGCAGAAAGGAAUCCCACAUCAGUUCUCUUAGACAUCUCUUAUAUGAAGAAUUCCGUCACUUUCUCUCAGAAAUUACAGGCGUUGAUCUUGAGAAUACCACUGAUAUUUCUUGUGCGCAAUACAACUACACAGAUACUCUGCUUUGUCAUGAUGAUGAAUUAGAAGGAAGGAGAUUUGCUUUCAUCCUGUACCUUGUUCCUGAUUGGGCAGAGAAAGAUGGCGGAUCCCUGGAUCUGUACGACACAGAUGAGCAAGGACAUCCUGGAUCCAUCAAAAAGGCUCUUCUUCCUACAUGGAACUCUUUGGCUUUCUUUGAGGUUUCUCCUGUCUCUUUCCAUCAGGUUUCUGAAAUUUUGUGUGAGGGAAAAUGUCGUCUGUCAGUCAGCGGAUGGUUUCAUGGAGUUUCCUUGGAAAGACCUCCACGCAGCUUAGACCCCAGGGCAAGUCGUACCACACACAUUCCUCAUGAUCAUGAGAUUUUAUAUGAGUGGAUCAAUGAAGUUUAUCUGUCUGUUGAUUCUCAAAGUCAGAUCCAAGAGGAAUUUGAAGACAGUUCUGAGAUUCUUUUGAAAAACUUCCUGAAGCCAGAAAAAUUCCAAGCUGUAUGUGCAGCUCUCGACAAGAACAACAUUGAAUGGCAGUUAUAUGGGCCCCCAAACAGAAGGUGUUAUGAGCGGGCAGGGGAUGUUCUGCCAGAUGUUCUGAAGUGUUGCAUGGAGCUCCUGAGAUCUGAAGCAUUUUUCCUACUGCUCUCCAACCUCACUGGCCUUAAGCUUCACUUCUUAGCUGAUAAUGAAUCUGAUGAAGAGGAGGGAUCUUCAGAACAAAGCUCUGCGGCUCUUUUGCAGGGAGCAAACGCAGAAGGAAGUCCAUCUGAUGCUACUGUACAAGGUGAGCGUGUUCCUACGUGUAGUGGUGAGCUCAGACGCUGGUCACAUGGCCACUACACCAUGAUUCAUGACCAUGAUCCUGAGAGGCAUGAGUUUGCACUUGAUUUGUUGCUUUUCUGUGGAUGUGAAGACUGGAAAUCGGAGUAUGGAGGAUUUACUUCAUACAUUGCUAAGGAAGAAGAUGAGGAGUUGCUCACAGUUUACCCAGAGGACAACUGUUUGGCAUUGAUUUACAGGGACAAAGAAACAAUGAGAUUUGUAAAGCACAUUAACCACAAGAGUCUGCAGCGGGAAGUAAUUCAUCCAAACCGAAAAGGAUUCUGGGACUUUGCUUUUGUUUAUUAUGAGUAAGAACUCUAAAUGAAUUGAGAUUUUGGACACUAAAAGGAGUGACUAAUAUAAAAAGCUGUUUUAUGAGCUUUAUGCCCAACAUGUCCUGCUAUGGAGUGAGUUGUGAAUCAGUGUCACCACAAGGGAAAGGAUAAUAAAAUCAUGCAGAAUGUAAAUAUAUAUAAAUUUUAUAAAAAAAUAUUUUUGAGAACUUACUAUAACUCUGUUGAAAAAAAAAAUGUUGUAGGUUAUCCAAAGUACCCCUAAGAACACUGACACAUGGAUUUGUUGUUAAAAUGUCAAAGAAAAAAAGGUAAAUAUGUUCAGUUUGUGAACAGCUGGGCCACUAAAUACAUUUCUCACUGGCUAAAAAGGAGAGCCCCCAUAGGACCCUUACAUGCCCCACAAGCAUUACAAAAGUGUUUUGUUUUUUGAUCCCUCAGCACAGGGACAUCAUUUUUCAUUAAAAAGAAAAGGUUUUAAAACAUUUUGAAAAUGAUGUUAUUUUGAUGCAGCCUCAAUGUAUGUUUAAGUCAAGCAAUAUUAUUUUUAAAUAGAGUAACUCAAAUGUAA